CUUGCUCUCUUCCCUCAAUGGGUACCACCCAACAACCUGCUUGUGAUUGGUGGAAGUGGGCUGAGUGGGCGGAUCUGUUUUUGUGCUUGUGAGUUUUUUACCAGUCCGAGCGAGCACAGGCUGUCAGUGUCAGAAGGGUUUCAGUGGGCAGCAGGCGAGACUUUCAGUCAGGCUGUGUCUCACUCAGACCACACUCUGCAGAGCAGACCUUCAUUUUCAACCUCAGGACACAAAGGACUUUCUGUUUCUACACCACUCUGCCUACUUUCUAAGGCCAGGAGGAAAAACGGGAUUUAAGAUUGACCAACUCUGAGCCGAUAUUUCUCUUUCUCUCUCUCUUCCUCCUUCCAGUCACUCUUUGUUUUCAUCUUGCAGAAUCCCUCCUGCACAGAGGAGAGAUCAGGAAAGGAGGGAUCAAAAUAAACAUCAACAGAGAGAGUCUGCGUGGGUGGUUGUCCGACAGCCCUGCUGCACGGUGUCCCUGAGGAGGGAGGCUAAUGUGCGUGGCAUCACUGUGCUCCGGAUCAGGGUCAGUGGAGAAUGAGUCCGGCCGUGGAGGCUCAGACCAUGCAGGCCAAGCAGCAGCAAACGCAGCAUCCGCUACAACACUAUCUGGAGAAAGGAGUCCCGCUUGAGCCCUUCAUGCACCAGGUGGGGGGCCACUGCUGCGUGCUGCGUUUUGGAGAGCAGACCAUCUGCAAGCCCCUCAUCCCCCAAGAGCACCAGUUCUACAAGAGCCUACCCAGCGCCAUGAGGAAGUUCACCCCCCAGUACCGAGGUGUGGUAUCUGUGGGUUUUGAAGAGGAUGAGGAGGGCAACCUGUGUCUCAUAGCGUACCCCCUGCACAGUGACUCUGGGGUUGGGCACCUGGAGAAUAUAGAUCUGACGGUCAACAGUGAGCCAUACAGCAAGAUGCUGCACUGGGGCAACAAGCAGCUGUCUGCCCGGAGUCUGCUGGACUCACACGAAGACAAGGACAUGAGUCAUAAGCAUGAGGAGGAGGAGCUGGAGUGGCUGCAGCAAGAGGAGGUGCCUCUAGAAGGCAGCAACGCCAUCCAACACAACCCCUGGAGACUCCAACUCCAACAGAAACACCUGCAGAGGAUGAAGGAGAACGCCAAGCACCGCAACCAGUACAAAUUCAUCCUGCUGGAGAACCUGACGUGGCGACACACGGUUCCAUGUGUGCUGGACCUGAAAAUGGGAACGCGGCAGCACGGUGACAACGUGUCCGAGGAGAAGAAGGUCAUGCAAAUCCGCAAGUGCCAGCAAAGCACCUCAGCCUCCAUCGGAGUACGCCUCUGUGGCAUGCAGGUAUACCAGUCAGACUCGGGUCAGCUCAUGUUCAUGGAUAAAUACAUUGGGCGUAAACUGACCCUGUCGGGCUUUAAGGAAGCCUUGUUCCAGUUCUUCCAUGACGGGCGGCGUCUGCGGCGUGAGCUGCUCUCCCCGGUGUUGCGGAGGCUCAGGGAGAUGCAGGCAGCCCUGGAGAGCUGUGAGUCCUAUCGCUUCUAUUCCUCCUCCCUACUGAUCAUCUAUGACGGCGAGCCGCCCUGCACACACACACACAGGGCCCCCGAGGAUGGUUUGUCUGAGGAGGAAGUGGAAGAGGAUGAAGAGGCAGGUGCGUUUGGGUUUACCCGCAGUAGUAGUGGUAGCGCUGGUGGUGGGUGCCUGGCAGCCCGAUCUGAUACAGGCCCUGACCCGGCGGUGGACGUGAGGAUGAUUGACUUUGCACACACCACCUGCCCCGACUUUGUGGAGGACAGUGUGGUGCACGAGGGCCAGGACAGUGGCUACAUCUUUGGUUUGCAGAACCUCAUCGCCAUCAUCUCCAAGCUGGAGGACCACAGCACAGACUAAAACAGUCUCUCUUUUGGACUCCUGGAUAAAGCAUCACACUGGACUACAGAGGCUGGCCUUAGGGGCAUGCUGAACAUUGCUGUAGCCUGUUUUCCACAAGGUUCUUGUUUCUGUUCUUGGUGCUUCUUUUGGGUGUUUUUGUUUGUGUCCCUGGGGGAUAAAAAGGGCCCUGAUAGUUCAUGUUUAAAGAGACAUUUGCGAUCUUCAGUUAACUCAGUGAGUUGUCACCCUUAUCUGCUUACUCUUUUACAAACUUGAUUAUUUUACCCAGUGAAAGGAAGUCCAUGACCGCAAGCACGGAUUCCAACGGUUCCUGCUGCCUUAUAUACACACAAACACAUGCACUGAUGUUGCACUGGUGUGCUACUGAUGGGGCAGAUUUGAGAAAGCAAAAGAGAGAAACUGCUGUACCUGUGUGAAAUGAAAGUUGCUAAGGGAAAACAUCUUCCAUUUUUCUACUGUACCAGUUUAUUUUGCCAUCCCGUUCCCUUUGGAUUCAAAGAAGAGACUGCGGUGUAUUCAGAUUGUCAUCUAAUAGCUUACAGAGGCCUUUUACAGGUAACUGCCCAAAUCAAGGAAGCACCAACAUAGUGUCUUUAUGGGCCACCACGAGCCAGAACAGUUUCAAUGCGCCUUGGCAUAGAUUCUACUUUAUUGCGACACCAUUCUUCCACAAUAAGUUCCAUAAUUUGUUGUUUUAUUUAUGGUGGUGUAAAACGCUGUCUCGUGCUGCUCCGUUAAUCUCCUAUAAGUGUUCAGUUGGGUUGAAAUCUGGUGACUGAGACACACCCACAAAAUAAAAAAAUUAUACUAAAAUACACACACCCUAUAAACCCCCUGUGCUCCUUUGCGACCCCUCUUUCAAAGUCACUGAGAUCUCUUCUAGCCAUAGUAGCCAAACUAGUGGGCAACUGGGCAUUUUCAUACAGGACCCUAAGCAUGAUGGGAUGUUAAUUGCUUAAUUAACUCAGGAAGCACACCUGUGUGGAAGCACCUGCUUUCAAUAUACUUCGUAUCCCUCAUUUACUCAAGUGUUUCCUUUAUUUAGUCAGGUACCUGUAGAUCUAUUUAUUUGACAUGUUUCUUAAACUAAAACAUGUAAAAAAGAAAGUGAAUGGAGAUACAAAGACUACAUUCCAUGUUAUUAAUCUGAUUAUUAAUUAAUAUUGUUGUUUUAUGUUCAGAUAUCUCCUAUCUUGUAUCUGUCUUGUCCACAUUUUGUUGGAGAAAUAAAACAAUUUUUGGUUGUGGCAAA